CACGCGUGCAGGUGUUUGAAAAAAAAAAAAAAUAGCAGACUGUAAAUCGAAUAAGAGAACGAUUGGGUACCUGCGAGCGUUGAGAGUCGGAGAUUCGGCACGUAGUACACGAUGAGCAGUCGAUCAGUUUGGCGGAGGUUGUCGGUAAGGAAUGGCAAGCGUGUCUUCUAGCAGCGAGUUCUGAUAUACCUCAUACUCUUGCCGCGCGUUUCUGGCCUUGGUGGUAUACAACACGAACUGCAGCACGAGGCAGGAUGCACUCAUGUGCGCUGCUCGAUCCGGCGGCUGCAGGCAGAUAUCUGUUCAUCGUAAUCCAUCAACAGCCAUAUAGCUACACGUCGGAGUGAAAGCAGCAAGCUCGACGCGUGUAUUCGUAGUGUCGUAGCGGUGGCCAGUCGGUAGCGGACCUGGUUAGCAGCAUGAGCUCAUGGAUCGAGUCGGGAGUCAAGCCAGCAGCCUCGGCCACGGCUACGGCGCCGACGAGGACGACGACGAGGACGAGGAGCAUCAUCGUCAUCGUCAGCAGCAGCAGCAGGGAAACGUCGCGGCUCCGGUGCUGCUCGGACAGUCGAAAUCUCAGCCGCUCAUAAGCCGCGGCAGGAAUCUUCGAUCGAGGAGAGACGACAGCAGGAUCAGCUUCAGAAGCGAGUCGGCCGUUCUCGUCAACAAUGGACACAGGUACCGACAGACGCGAUUCAGUUCGCGGCGCGUCCGCAAGCGGGUCGUCUUCAAGCACGGCGACUGCAACGUCGUCCAGGGUAACGUGGCCAAGCGCCGGCGUCGCUAUCUCCAGGACAUAUUCACGACCCUCGUGGACGCCCAGUGGCGCUGGACCCUGCUCGUCUUCGCCAUGACGUUUCUGCUCUCUUGGCUGGGCUUCGCCCUGGUCUGGUGGCUCGUCGUCUACGCGCACGGCGACCUCGAGCCCAGGCCCGCCGCCGCCUCAGGAGAUGAAGGCAGCGCUAACAACUCGACUAACUUCGUGCCCUGCGUCGAGGACAUUCACGGCUUCACCAGCUGCUUUCUGUUCAGCGUCGAGACCCAGCACACCAUCGGCUACGGCUCGAAGCACACGACCGAGGAAUGUCCCGAGGCCAUAUUCAUCAUGUGCAUCCAGUCGAUGACCGGCGUCAUUCUCCAGGCCUUCAUGGUCGGCAUCGUCUUCGCCAAACUGUCCCGGCCCAAAAAACGCACCCAGACCCUCCUGUUCUCGCGCAACGCCGUCAUCUGUCAGCGCGACGGCCAGGCCUGCCUGAUGUUUCGCGUCGGCGACAUGCGCAAGAGCCACAUCAUCGAGGCCCACGUUCGCGCCCAGAUGAUCAAGCGCAAGGUGACCCGCGAGGGCGAGCUGCUGCCCUUCUUCCAGACCGAGUUGAGGGUAGGGGGCGACGGCGACGAGGACAAGAUAUUCUUCAUCUGGCCCACGACCAUAGUGCACAAGAUCGAUCAGAGCUCGCCGCUGUAUCAUCUGUCGGCGAGCGACAUGCUGCGCGAACGAUUCGAGAUCAUCGUGAUGCUGGAGGGUGUGAUCGAGUCGACGGGAAUGACGACUCAGGCUCGCUCGUCGUAUCUCCCGUCGGAGAUCUUGUGGGGUCAUCGCUUCGAGCACAUCAUCACCUUUCGCAAGGAGACCGGCGAGUACGAGGUCGACUACACGCUCUUCAACAAUACCUACGAGGUGGACACGCCGCUCUGUUCCGCGGCCGAGCUCGAUCACAUGCGAGCUCUCCACCGAGCCAAAGGAGAACGAUCGAGCUCGGCGACGUUCGCGCAGUACCGCAUCGACUCGAGCAGCUCCCUGUCCACGGCCUCGAACUCGGGCUCGAGCUGCGCCUCGUCCGUGGGCGGACUGCACAUGCGUUUGCAGCAUCAGCAUUAUCAACACGGUGCGACGCCACCCACGCCGAUUCCCGUUACGGUGACAGGGCCCGACGAGCCCAAUUCGCGCAGGGGUAGCCAAGUCGACCCGUUGACCCGAAGUAGGCUUGCUACUUUUUAUACUCUCGAUGAGGCAACAGAAGCGCCUGAAGAGGAUCCAGUAGUAUUGGCAGUUCAGCGAAUCGUCCCAACUCUUCAACGACAACAUUCCGAAGAAGGAGACGAGCUACCUACGAUAUUAUGCCCACCUCUAUUUGAACCAGGUCAAAUCGUUGAAGACCCGGGUAUGGUCAGAAUUCCUAUCGACAGCAUGCCUGAAAACCCUGUACUCGCUACAGUUGGUCCUACGAGGGAAGAGAGACCCGUGAUGCGCGGCACGUUAACUCAUUCCAGUUCUUUGCCCGAGGAUUCGUCGAACGCGCACGAAAAGAAAAAAACAACGAGCUUCCAGCUGGUAGCUCCAGAAGUCGACAAUCAUUCUGCCAAAUGCAGCAGACCCAGUGAAAUAGUCUGACAACCGGAGAACAAAAUUACAGCUGCUCUCGAUUGAGCAGAUUUCGCCCGGGCCCGGCACGCAAGCUUCGUCGUCGCGCCGUCCUCAAGAGCGGCGAGUGCAACGUCCUCCAGAGCC